AUGCGUCGAAGAGAAAUCAUCGAGGAGGACCUUCGCUACAAGUCUUACACAAUUAAAGUGAGACAGAUGCUUUCCGAAGCUGUUAGGAUAAAGCGAGUUGAAUGCUGCAACCUGCUUUUGUGUUCCUUAAAACACAAUGCUGCCGGACGACUCAAGUUUUUUUCUGACGAGAAAAUUUUUACUGUGGAUGCGAAAAUCAAUCGAAGGAAUGACCGCUGGCUCGCCCACAACCCUGAAGAUGUCCCCAUUGUUGCAAGAACGAAAUUUCCGGCGAAUGUUCACGUGCUAGGUGUUGUGUCCAGUGAGGGUGAUGUCAUGCCACCGCAUUUUUUUAACAAAGGGGAAAAUGUCACAAAAGAAGUUUAUUUGCGUGUUCUGACAAAUGUAGUGAAGCCGUGGAUGGAAACUGUGUCGUCUGGAAAGCCAUAUGUUUUCCAGCAGGACGGUGCGCCCGCCCACACAAGUCAUUUGGUGCAAAAUUGGUUGUUGGACAACAUCGACAUGUUUUGGUCGAAAGAAUUCUGGCCUCCCAACAGCCCAGAUUUGAAUCCUUUGGACUUCUACGUAUGGGGCGUGGUUGAAAGGUCACGACCAAGUCCAGACAUCCAAACGUCGCAUCAUUGA